AUGCCCAUAAGACCUAUCCACUGGUACCUCCAAACACGCCUCUCAGGGUUACGCCUCUUGCUCGCUAAUUCCACAACGCAGCCUAAUCCGUUCCCUCGCCGAUUCUAUCGCGAAACCCGUUCUUGCGCGAUCAUGCAAGCAGCGGCAGCAGCGGGAUCCGUGCUUAAGGGCGUCGCUGGCCUCACUCAGUCGCCUGCGACGACCGUCGGAUCCCCUAGCGGGGGCAAAUCGACGGCUGGAAGUGCAGCAUCCGCCAUCGCCGCGGCCGCAGGACCGGUUUCUGGUGCCGUCGCGACAUCAGGGAUCGGAUUUGGUGCUGCGAUCGGAUCUGCUCCGAGCUCCAUCCGCGGCUUCUCGUCCAGCUCUAACACGCAGCAAAUGACGGAGGAGGCUGCAGCGUCGGAGAAGGCGGCUGCGCCCGCCGAUGGCGCGGUAGCGGGGCUGGCGGUCGCCGCCAAGGAGGCGGAGGAGGAGAAGCCGCAGGAGAUUUUCCUCGCAGACUACAAGCCGCCGUCGUACCUCUUCGACAAGGUCUCCCUGGAUUUCGAUCUGCAUGACGACUACACCAUUGUCAAGUCAGCCAUCACUGUUGUUGCCAACGACAAGGCGGAGAAGCCAGAGAAUGGGCCUGCGCCGCUGGUGUUGGACGGCCACGAUUUGGAGCUGGUGUCGCUGCAGAUUAACGGAGUUGAUGUGCCCGCGGAGGAGUACGUGAAGACGGCCAAGAAGCUCACUCUGCUGUCCCCGCCUGCAUCGCCCUUUACUCUCUCCAUCGUCACUCGCAUCAACCCCGCUGCCAACACCUCCCUCGAGGGUCUGUACCGCUCAAGCGGCAACUUCUGCACGCAGUGCGAGGCGGAGGGCUUCCGGCGCAUCACGUACUACCAGGACCGCCCCGACGUGAUGUCGCGCUUCACCGUGCGCAUGGAGGCCGACCAGCGCGCCUGCCCCGUGCUGCUCUCCAAUGGUAACCAGAUCGACGCAGGCGUGCUGGGCCAAGGAGAGGGUGCGCGGCACUAUGCGGUGUGGGAGGACCCGUGGCCCAAGCCGUGCUACCUGUUUGCGCUGGUGGCGGGGAAGCUUGUGUGCUGCGAGGACAAGUUUGUCACGUGCAGUGGGAGGGAGGUGGCGCUGCGCAUCUGGGUGAAUGCGGGCGACGAGGGCCGCACCGCGCAUGCCAUGAAGUCUCUCAAGGAGUCGUUCCGUUGGGACGAGGAGGUGUUUGGCAGGGAGUACGAUCUGGACCUCUUCAACGUCGUUGCGGUGCCAGACUUCAACAUGGGAGCUAUGGAGAACAAGAGCCUCAACAUCUUCAACUCGCGGUUGGUGCUGGCGUCACCAGAGACGGCCACGGAUGGCGACUAUGCGGCCAUCGAGGGGGUCAUUGCCCACGAGUACUUCCACAACUGGACGGGCAACAGGGUGACGUGUCGAGACUGGUUCCAGCUCACGCUCAAGGAGGGGCUCACUGUCUUCCGUGACCAGGAGUUCUCAUCGGACAUGAACUGCCGUGCAGUGGAGCGCAUAGCCAAUGUGGCUGUGCUGCGCGCGCGCCAGUUCUCUGAGGAUGCGGGUCCCAUGGCACACCCUGUGCGCCCCAGCUCAUACAUCAAGGUGAGCAGUGGGCAGUGGGCACUGUGUGGAGGAGAGGACCCGAUCGUGCCCCUGUGUGGCAUGUGCGGUGCAGAAUGCUUCGUCUUGCUGUAUGCUAUAGCCCCUUUUGUUCUUGCCCAGUUAGAUUUGCAUGUGCCCCCUUGUAUUGUGCUGGCCUGUGCCCCUGCUCAAUUUGUACUGUGCAAUGCAACAAUUGGUUCUCUCCAUGUGCUCUUCUUGCAUUCGCGCGCUAUGGCAUGGCAUGGCGUGGUAUUGUAUACGCUAUGCUCUGUGUUUUCACAUGCCAUGCUCUAUGCUUGCGCAUGCCGUGCCACACCACAUGGCUGUAUGGCACACACACACCAGGGGGCGGAGGUGGUAAAGAUGUACCAGACACUGUUGGGCAAGGACGGCUUCAGGAAGGGCAUGGACCUGUAUUUCGAGCGGCAUGACGGGCAGGCAGUGACGUGCGAUGACUUCUUUGCCGCCAUGGCAGAUGCCAAUAACGACAAGCUGGAAGGCUUCAAGCCCUGGUUGUCCCAGGCAGGCACACCAGUGGUGACAGUGACAUCGUCGUACAAUGAGAAGGACCACACCUUCACGUUGCACUGCAAGCAGGAGAUCCCUGCAACGCCCGGGCAGGACAGCAAGGUGCCGGUGCUCAUCCCUCUCGCGGUGGGGCUGGUGGGGCCGGACGGCAAGGACAUGCCUCUGCUGCACGUGUUCGAUGGGGACAAGCUCACUGACCUCGAUGGCCCCACGACUACUGUGCUGCGGUUCAACAAGGCGGAGCAGGACUUCACCUUCACAGACGUGCCGCACCGCCCCGUGCCCUCCCUGCUGCGCGGCUUCAGUGCCCCCGUGCGCCUCAACGCUGACCUGUCGCACGCCGAUUGGCUCUUCCUCCUCGCCAACGACUCUGAUGAGUUCAACAGGUGGGAGGCAUGUCAGGUGCUGGCGCGCAAGAUGCUGCUGAGGCUGGUGGACGACUAUCGCAGUAACAAGCCGCUCCAUAUGGAGGAUGACUUCACUGACGCCCUUGCCAAGAUCCUUGCUGACACGUCACUGGACAAGAUGUUCGUCGCGCGAGUGAUCUCCCUGCCGGGCGAGAGUGAGAUCGCCGACCUCAUGACGCCGUAUGCCGACCCGGAUGCCGUGCAUGCCGUGCGCAAGUUCUGUGUCAAGCAGAUCGCCACGCGCCUGCGCCCCACUCUGGAAGCACUGGUGGAGAGCAACAGGGCACCCGAGGGGGAGGCGUACAGCCCUGAUCACGCCAGCAUGGCCCGCCGCUCGCUCAAGAACGCUGCCCUCUUGUACCUCGCAUCACUGGACGACGAGGCAUCGCUCGCCCUCGCCCUCUCGGAGUUCCGCGCAGCGAGCAACAUGACGGACCAGUUUGCUGCCCUGGCCGCGCUCUGCCUCAACCCCGGUGCUGCCCGCGAUGAGGCGCUGCAGGCGUUCUACGAGCAGUGGAAGCACGACGGGCUCGUCAUGAACAAGUGGCUGUCGCUGCAGGCCGCAUCGUCCAUCCCUGGCAACGUGGAGGCGGUGAAGAGGCUCAUGGAGCACCCCGCUUUCAUCAUCACCGAACCCAACAAGGUGUACUCUCUCAUUGGUGGCUUCAACUCAUGCACUGUGAACCUCCACGCGGCGGACGGCAGUGGGUACCGCUUCCUGGCGGACGUGGUGUUGCAGCUCGAUAAGAUCAACGCACAGGUGGCUGCCCGCAUGGUCUCCGCCUUCACCCGCUGGCGCCGCUACGACGAGGCGCGCCAGGCGCUUGCCAAGGUGGAGCUGGAGCGCAUCCUAGCAGCGGAGGGGCUGUCAGAGAACGUGUAUGAGAUCGUCUCCAAGAGUCUCUCCGCCCCUCCUGCCUCCUCCUAG